AUGUCUAUGAGAUUCGUGAGGUGUGCGGCAAAGAGGGCUGUUUUAAUGUCUGGUGGUUGCUUCAGAGACUUAGUCUACGUAGAUGAUGUCGGGGGAAGGUUGGAUAUACCAGAAGGGGAUGAUGAUGAUGAUGAUGGUACUGGUGGUGGUGGUGGUGAUGAUGAUGAUGAUGGUACUGGUGGGGGUUAUGAUGAUGAUACUGGUGGUGGUGGUGAUGAUGAUGAUGAUGAUGAUGAUACUGGUGGUGGUGGUGGUGGUGGUGAUGGUGGUGGUGGUGGGGAUGAUGAUGAUGAUGAUGGUACUGGUGGUGGUGGUGGUGGUACUGGUGGUGGUUAUGAUGAUGAUACUGGUGGUGGUGGUGGUGAUGAUGAUGAUGGUACUGGUAGUGGUGAUGAUGAUGAUGAUGAUGAUACUGGUGGUGGUGGUGGUGAUGAUGAUGAUGCUCAUGAUGGUACUGGUGGUGGUGGUGGUGAUGAUGAUGAUGAUGAUGAUGAUAUUGGUGGUGUGAUGAUGAUGAUAUGA